AUGUCCGCUAUGAAACCAUUCGCAGAGCCAGUGCCCGGUUGCAAGCCUGCAGCUCCCCCGGCGCUGACGGCUGACCAGCAAACCAAGUACGACGAACUUCUCACCGAAGUCAAGUCUUGGGAGUCUCUCCCCACCACAAAGACCGGAACGGAGACCGCGCCCGUAUCCGAAGACGAGCGUUUCUGGCUCACCCGCGAAUGUCUUCUUCGUUACCUACGCGCCACCAAAUGGGACCUUAAAUCCGCGAUCCAGCGACUACGUGCGACCUUGAUAUGGCGCCGUGAGUUUGGCACCGAGACCUUCACUGCCGACUACAUAUCCGAAGAGAACACAAAAGGCAAGCAGGUUCAACUGGGCUUUGACAAGGAGGGCCGCCCGUGUCUGUACUUGCUGCCACAGAACCAGAAUACCAAGCCGAGCCAAAAGCAGGUAGAACAUCUGGUGUAUAUGCUUGAGCGGACGCUUGAUCUGCACCCACCUGGCCAGGAAGGACUAGCAUUGUUGAUCGACUUCCGCAACACGAGUUCGGGUGGAACUCCACCCAUGAGCAUUGCGAAGCAAGUGCUAGAUAUCCUUCAGAGUCAUUACCCGGAGCGAUUGGGUAGGGCGCUUCUCACACACUUGCCGUGGUAUAUCUCUGCUUUCCUCAAGCUGAUAAGCCCUUUCAUCGACCCCGUCACGAAAUCGAAAAUCAAGUACAAUGAGCCCCUCGUCGACCAUGUCCCCGCAUCACAGCUCAUGGUUGCCGCCGGUGGUGAGGUGGAUUUCAAAUACGAUCACAGCAUAUACUGGCCAGCUCUGGCUGAAAUGGCAGCAGAGAGGAAACAACAACGGAAAGAUCGGUGGGAGAAGGCUGGGAAGCCAAUUGGAGAGAGCGAGAUAUACCUCUGGGGAGGAGAAGAGGCUAGCAUUGGUGCGAAAGUGAAGGAAGAUGUUGAAGUCACAGCUGAGGAGAAGGCUGGUGACAAGACUAUCGAUGAGACAAAGAAGGAUGUUGACACUGAUGCUGCUGCUGCUACGAAGAGCAGCGAAGAAGCUACACUUGUUGACGGCGUUGCAAACCUCGACAUAAAGACCAGCGAACCUGUCAAGACGACUGCAUGAGCGCGCCGAGUGCUUGUCCCAAGGGCGAUUACUCACCACAAGAUUUACGGUUAUUCAUUGCAUAUACACGAUUCAACGAAUGCAGCUUUCUGGCACGAUGUUGACAAGCU